AGGUGAGCGAGUGUCUGGAGGGGAGGACUCGGGAGCGCGACCAGCCGAGGGAUCGAUCGGAUUAAACUCGAUUUGAGUGAAAUUAACACAAAGGAGAGAAGAGCAACGCGCACUAGUCGGCGAGGUCGCGGAUGCGAGACACGCCGGAGAAAUAUUUCAUGAAAAGCAAAAAACUUGAACUUUUUUCUUCUGUUUAUUUAUAUUUCAAACUGAAAAGGACCACGGUGGAUUUUUUUUUCCAGCAAGCGGAGAUACUAACCCUACUAACGAGGAGUUGAUUUGAUAAAAAGCCGAAGUGACCGAGCUUGUUGGGAACCUUAAUGAGGACCAUGGAGUAGAUCACUUCAAAUUAGCAGCUAUCUGAUUAGCUCCUCACUGCACAGCACACCUCCCUCUGUCAAGUCCCCUCCAUCUCUGGGCCCCCCACCCAGCCAUGGCAGACCCAGGGAUGUUGAGCUUAUUCGGGGAUGAUGCAGGGCUGUUCUCAGAUGGAUUAGAUGGUUUAGGAGACUGCUUUCCUCAGCAGUCAGCCCCUGGCCAGUCCAACCCACUAGCCCAGCAGACUAAUCCCUCUCUGAACCAUGAGCACCAGGGAAACAGGGGUUUCCACCAGGGGAUGAUCCAUGGUGCUGGGCCUGGCCCAGGGCAGCCUAAAUUGGGGCAAAUGUACGACCAUGUCCCCUACGCUGGGUAUGAUCAGUCUGGUGCCCCUGGAGGACGAAUGAUUCCCCAGAACGGUCCCAGCCAGGGUCCUUCUAAUGUGAACACAGCCAUGAAUGGCAUGGCUUCCCACUACCAUAAUAGCCCAGCCAACUCUAGCAACCCCCACCAUGGGUACCAGGGUGAAGCUGGUGGAGGAGGGGGUGCGGGUGGAGUUUGGGGCCAGCAACAGCAGAGCAGAUCAGCUUAUCAGCAGGCUCCGGCACAACCAGGCGGCGCCCCCAACCAGAUGGGAGGCUAUCAGAUGUCUCAAGGCACCUAUGGUGGGAUGCAAGGUCCACCUACAUCCAAUCCAAAUGCAGCACGCAUGAACCAACACUACCCUCCACAGAGCAUGGCACCCCCUCCUGCUCAGGACCCAUCUCACUACUUGGGACAUGUUGGCAUGGGGGGUGGGCAGAUGAGACACCCCCAGCCUCAGCCACAGUCCCAGGGCUAUCCCAACUUGGGCCACACACCUCGAUACCCGCAGUCCCCUUCCCGACAGCCUCCACUUCCCCACCAGCACCAACAAGGCAUGGGGGGAUUUGGGGGAGCGCAGUAUCCUGGCUAUCAGACCCAGUAUGGAGCCAUGGGACCUGGGAUGGGCCAAGGUGCUAAUGCUAACGUCAGUGCUAACACCAGUCAGGCUAUUGGACCAGGACAACUUGGCCAGAGGUUUAACCAGGGAUCAGCUCCAGCACCAGGUCAACAGGGGCAACGUUACCCCCCUGGCCCACAACUUCAGACCCAUUCUGCCCCGAUGCAGCAGCAGCAGCAGCAGCAGGCUGGGCAGCAGGGCCAGCCUAUGCACCCCCUAAACCACCCACCGCACCCCCAAAAUCUACCCCAGCCUCAAAACCAACCCCAGUCCCACCUUGCCCCCCCAGCUCAGGGAACAUACCCCUCCCCCUCAUCCAUGUCACCUAUGCGAGUUUUGGGAGCCCCAACCCCUCCUCCCCAGCAGGGCAGACCCCCUAGCACAGGACUAGCUGGGCCCCCAGAGGUUGCAGGAUACACAGCGUUGCAAUCUCCACCCAGUGCAAUGGCCCUUCCACAGAGGACUCCCCAGUCACCUCUAUCUGCCCCACAUCCUCAACACCAGCAGCCCCACAGCAUGCCUCCCAGUGCAGGACAGAUGUAUCCUGGCAUGGGACCACAACGUGGUCCACAAAUGGGACCAAAUAGACCACAGCUUCAACAACAACAAGGGCCUCAUGAAGCCCCAGUCAACCAGGGGGGAGACCAGCGUCUGCUCCAUGCCCAGCAGCAGGCCUCUCGAAGUGGGCAGCCCAUGCAGACUGCUGCCAUGGGUUUCCAGGGUCCGCCUGUUGGUCAACAUGGAGCCCCUGUCCCAAACCAGGGCUUAGCACCGCCUGCCCAGAACACUCAGACGCAGCAUCCACAUCUGCCCCCACACCCUCACCACCUGCAGAGCACGCCCCCUCCCCCCAACCAAGCCUCCCACCCAUGGGCACCUCCGGCUCCCGCUUCCCACUCGCUCUCCUCACCCCCCCUCACCCCACAGAAAGUGCCUCACGUACAGCAUUCCCCUACUGACCCGUCAGGUGAUGCCUCAAUGAUGGUUCCUGACAGGCCAACGGUUGGUGCCGGUGCCCCCGGCCAGCCUAUCAGCACAGAGAAGCCCAGUGACCAGGAGACCAAGCCAAAAAAGAAAAAGAAGAAGAAAGCUAAAGUAUUGGAUGGAGAGGAAGACGAUGGAGGAAAGACAGUGGCGAGAGAAGGAGAGGAAGAAAUCAAUUCUGAAUUUCCUGGAACAGGAAGUGAUACAGUUGAACAUGUUGGUGGCACAGGAAUGGUAGAGGGAAGUUCACCACCAGUGGAGGAGAAGAAAAAGCGGAAAAAGAAACCAAAGGAGAAGGCAGAGGGCAAGGAGCCCAAAGAACCCAAGACCCCGAAGACACCCAAAACGCCCAAAACACCCAAGACCCCCAAAGAGCCCAAGGAACCUAAGGAGAAAAAAGCCAAGAGCUCCACACCCAAGACCAAGACUCCCAAGAAAACCAGCAGUAAAAAGGUGGAGUCAGACGGCGGAGCUAGUGCUGCUAAGAAAGAUUCCAAGAGGAAGAGAGAGGAGUCAGUCAGCGAUGAUGUGGAGGUGAAGUCUCCACCCCCCUCUCCACCUGAAGAUGAUGAUGAUGAUGGUGUACAGAAGCGCCGCUCUAGCCGUCAGGUUAAGAGGAAAAGGUACACGGAGGAUCUGGAGUUUAAGAUCUCUGAGGACGAUGACAGCGGGGACGAUUCACCAGCACCCAAAUCCCCGACCUCACAACAACAGGAUGUGGCUGAGGCUGAGGGGCCUGUUGUGGAGAAGAUCAUGGGCUUACGCAACUCCAAAAAACAGCUGGAGUCGGGGGAGGAAGUAGAGGUUGAGGAGUUCUACGUCAAGUUCAAGGGCUUUUCAUACCUUCACUGUCGCUGGGCAGACUUGGAGGAACUGGAAAAGGACAAGAGAAUACACCAGAAGAUCAAGAGGUUUAAGGCCAAACAACAACUGAACAACUUCAUAACUGAGAUGGAUGAUGAGCCUUUUAAUCCAGACUAUGUGGAGGUGGACCGUGUCCUGGACGUUUCAGAGAGCACAGAUGAAAAUGGAGAGACGGUGACCUUAUAUUUGGUGAAAUGGUGCAGUCUGCCUUACGAAGACUCCACCUGGGAGCUGAAGGCUGACAUCGACCAGUCCAAGAUAGAAGAAUAUGAGCGCAUCGCAGCACGUACACCCAACACUAAGAAAGUGGAUCGGCCACCUGCAGCUGACUGGAAAAAGCUGGAGGGCUCCAGGGAUUACAAGAACGGCAACGCACUCAGGGAAUACCAGCUAGAAGGCCUCAACUGGCUAACGUUCAACUGGUACAACUCGCGUAACUGUAUCUUGGCUGAUGAGAUGGGUCUAGGGAAGACCAUCCAGUCUAUUACAUUCCUUUAUGAGAUUUACAUGAAGGGCAUUGAAGGGCCAUUCCUGGUAAUCGCCCCACUCUCCACCAUCCCAAACUGGGAGAGAGAGUUCAGGACCUGGACCGAGCUCAAUGCUGUGGUCUACCACGGCAGCCAGGCCAGCCGCAAGACCAUCCAGGCCUAUGAGAUGUACUACAGAGACACACAGGGUAAGGUAAUAAAGGGAGUGUAUCGGUUCCAUGCGGUGAUAACAACCUUUGAGAUGAUUCUGACCGACUGUCCAGAACUCCGCAGUGUCCCAUGGCGCUGUGUGGUGAUAGAUGAGGCUCACCGCCUAAAAAAUCGAAACUGCAAACUACUGGAAGGACUCAAAAUGAUGGACAUGGAGCACAAAGUUCUGUUGACAGGAACUCCUCUCCAGAACACUGUGGAGGAGCUCUUCAGCUUGCUCAACUUCCUGGAGCCUGAGAGAUUCCCAUCUGAACAGACAUUCAUGACUGAAUUUGGAGAUCUUAAGACUGAAGAACAGGUUCAAAAAUUGCAAGCUAUUCUGAAGCCCAUGAUGCUGAGAAGACUGAAGGAGGAUGUGGAGAAAAACUUGGCACCCAAGGAGGAAACAAUCAUUGAGGUGGAGCUUACCAACAUCCAGAAGAAGUACUAUCGGGCCAUUUUGGAGAAGAAUUUCUCCUUCUUGUCCAAAGGAGGUGUAGGCGGAGGAGGAGGAGGUGGAGGAUCCAGUGUCCCCAACCUCCUCAACACCAUGAUGGAGCUGAGGAAAUGCUGCAACCACCCCUACCUCAUUAAUGGAGCGGAAGAGAAGAUCAUUGAGGAGUUCAGGGACUCCCAUGGGGGCAGGACAGACAUGCCGGAAAUGGCCCUUCAAGCCAUGAUCCAGGCAGCUGGCAAGCUGGUGCUCAUUGACAAGCUGCUGCCCAAACUAAAAGCCGGUGGACACAGGGUACUGGUGUUUAGUCAGAUGGUUCGCUGUCUGGACAUCCUGGAGGACUACCUCAUCCAGAGACGAUAUCCGUACGAGCGUAUAGAUGGUAGAGUCCGUGGUAAUUUGCGGCAGGCAGCCAUUGACAGGUUCUCCAGACCAGACUCGGACCGUUUCGUCUUUCUGCUGUGUACAAGAGCCGGAGGACUCGGCAUCAACUUGACUGCAGCAGAUACCUGCAUCAUCUUUGACUCUGACUGGAACCCUCAGAACGACCUCCAGGCCCAGGCAAGGUGUCAUCGUAUCGGCCAGUCCAAGGCAGUCAAGAUCUACCGCCUGAUCACCAGGAACAGCUACGAGAGAGAGAUGUUCGAUAAGGCCAGUCUGAAGCUGGGUCUUGACAAGGCUGUGCUUCAGAGUAUGAGUGGACGAGAGAACGCCAACAGUGGGGUCCAGCAGUUAUCCAAAAAGGAGAUUGAGGACUUGUUGAGGAAGGGAGCAUAUGGAGCUCUAAUGGAUGAGGAAGAUGAAGGCUCAAAAUUCUGCGAGGAAGACAUCGACCAAAUCCUUCAGAGGCGAACCCACACCAUCACCAUUGAGUCCGAGGGCAAGGGCUCUACCUUUGCUAAGGCCAGUUUCGUUGCGACGGGUAACCGAACAGAUAUCUCUCUGGAGGAUCCAGACUUCUGGCAGAAAUGGGCCAAGAAAGCUGAGCUUGACAUGGAUGCCAUCAAUGGACGGAAUACGCUGGUUAUCGACACACCGAGGGUUAGGAAACAGACCCGCCACUACAGCAGUGUCAAAGAGGACGAGAUGCUGGAGUUCUCUGAGCUGGAGAGCGACGAGGACGAACCGAGCAAACCCUCAUCCAAACCACGACGGCCCCAAGACAAAGCCCAGGGCUACCCCCGAUCUGAGUGCUUCAGAGUGGAGAAGAACCUGCUGGUCUACGGUUGGGGUAGGUGGAGCGACAUCCUGGCUCACGGUCGUUUCAAGCGCCCCCUUAAGGAGUCGGAUGUGGAAACUAUCUGCAGGGCUCUCCUGGCCUAUUGCCUGCUGCAUUACCGUGGAGACGAGAACAUCAAAAGUUUCAUCUGGGAUCUCAUUACCCCAAGCGCAGAUGGGACCACCAAGACCCUGACCAACCACUCUGGUCUCUCUACCCCUGUGCCUAGGGGCAGGAAGGGCAAGAAGGGGAAGCCCCAGGCCCCGCCUCCACAAACUCCACGAGCUGAUUGGCUGGCGAGCUGCAAUCCUGACCAUUUACUGCAAGAAGAUAGCUACAAGAGGCACCUGAAGCAUCACUGUAACAAGGUGUUGCUAAGAGUGAGAAUGCUGUAUUACCUGCGGCAGGAAGUCAUUGGCGACCAGGCCGAGCGUAUCCUGGAAGGAGGCGACUCAAGUGUGCUGGACGUCUGGAUUCCACAGCCCUUCCAUGCUGAGGUCCCGGCUGACUGGUGGGACAGCGAGGCUGACAAAUCUCUGCUCAUCGGCGUCUUCAAACACGGCUAUGAGAAGUACAACUCUAUGCGUGCCGACCCCGCCCUGUGUUUCUUGGAGCGCGUGGGCAUGCCAGACGCCAAAGCUAUCGCUGCUGAGCAGAGGGGCUCUGACAUGAUGGCAGAUGGUGUUGAGGGGGAAGAUGAGGAUCCAGAGUACAAGCCACUGCGCAUGCCUUUUAAAGAUGACAUGGACGACUUCACCAACUCUCCGCUGGAUGACAAAGAUGAUACAGUGGAGGGUGAGAAUGAAGCUAAAUCUGGCGAAAAUGGUCAAAGUGCGUCUGCCGUGGGUGGAACUUCAGGCUCCAAUGAGCGGCUCUAUUGGCCAGCAGCCUCUGCGCUGACGGCCCGUCUGCGUCGCCUUAUCACGGCCUACCAGCGCUCCAACCGACGAGAGCAGCUCCGCCAGGAGGCACUCAACCGACCUGAUGGUCGCCGCCGUCGACGCAGGGAGUUCCUGCCUUCCAUCGCCAUGGUUACUGACACAGGCGGAGGAGCAACUUACAUCCAAGAUGGAACGGGGGUGUUCAUGACAGAAGGAAGUCCGUAUCUGGCUAAAGGAGGUGCUUACUUUGCCAAAGGUGGACAGUUCAUGGCAGAGGCGUCACCAGUGAUGAACGCCAGCUCUCUGAUGACUGAUGGAUCCAUGUACUACAAGGAGAGAAGACAAAGAUGGACGCGUCGUGAGGAGGCGGAUUUCUAUCGAGUUGUGUCCACUUUUGGAGUGGUCUUGGAUACCCAGCGUCAGAAAUUUGAUUGGUCACAGUUCAGGGCUUUUGCACGACUGGACAAAAAAACAGAUGAGAGCUUGGAGAAAUAUUACUACUCCUUCAUUGCCAUGUGUAAACGGGUCUGCAGAAUGCAAGUCAAGACUGAUACAGAGCUGCCAGACCCGACCUUGAUCAUUGACCCCAUCACAGAGGAGCGUGCCUCUCGCACCUUGUACCGCAUUGAGUUGCUCCGCCGCAUCCGAGAGCAGGUUCUUCCCAAUCCACUGCUCUCUGAGCGCCUCAAGCUCUGCCAACCCUCCCCAGACCUCCCAGAGUGGUGGGAAUGUGGACGCCAUGACCGAGAUCUCCUUCUGGGUGCCUCUAAGCAUGGUGUGAGCCGUACAGAUUAUCACAUCUUAAACGACCCCACCUUAGCCUUUCUGGAGGCCCACCAACGCUUCACGAGUCAGAGAGGGGCCGGUGUCAACACUGCAGCCCCAGGAGAGCUCACCAAAGGUGGGAUGGCAGCGGCAGAAUCUACCUCUGCUCCUCUUCUCACCCCCACAGAACUGGCAAGCGCUGCCGCUGCUGCCGAAAUUGCUCUUAAUGCAGCUAAAGAGGAGGAAGGAGAAGGGAAGGCAGAUAUCGAGGCAAAAAUAGAGGGAGAAGAUGUCAAAGUCAUUCCAUGUACCAAGACUGAAACUCCUGAUGAACAGAAGGAAAAUGAAGGGGAGGUAACAGAAGGGAAAGACGAGGCUGCCGCUUCCCCAAGGAUGGAGGUAAAGAAAGAAGAGACCCAGCCAAACGUCAGCAAAGACGAACAGGAGGCACAGAAGGAGCAGCAGUGUGGAGAAGACUGCAAGACUUUGAAGACUGAAAAUGACCAAAAGAAAGACGUGACAGAAGAGAAAAGCAGCUUGAGUCCUGCUGACUCUCUCAGUGACCAGAAGGAGACAACCACCGACCUCCCAGAACAUUCCAGCUCCUCUCCUAAAUCACAGCCAGGUCACAAGACUGCAGAGGGAGACGGCGAGGAAAGGGAAAACCCAGAGUCUCCUAAAUCUCCCAAGUCUGCUGACACUGAGAAGAGCCCAGAGGAGGAAGAGGAGGAGAGGAUGGAUGAAGAUGACAAGUCAGAGAAAUCUUCUCAAGCUGAAGCGAGUGCGGCAUCAGAGCAGAAGAACUUUGAUGAGGAGAGCAUCGCGUCUCUGAGCACAUCAGCCAGAGACGAAACCAGAGAUGGGUUCUGUCCUGACGACCUGCCAGAAUCAUCUGCACUGCAGGCCUUACAGGACCGUGCCUAUGCGUUCUCUUUCUGGCCUAAGGAUCGAGUGAUGAUCAACAGGAUGGAUAACAUCUGCGAGGCAGUCCUGAAGGGCAAGUGGCCUGUCAACAGACGCCACGUCUUUGACUUCCCCAGCAACUUGUUGCCAGGGCAUGGCUCCGCGGCAGCCACAGCGGCCGCUGCCAUGACAACCGAGAGCCCACUGCAGAGGCGGAGCCUGGUUGAGCUGACGAUGGCCGGCAUCCACACGCCAUACAGUGGGAGCGAAGACAAAACACUAUCACCACAGGUUCACGAGGAUGUGCCUCGACAGAGGAGGAGAAGGAGGAGAAAGAUUGAGAUAGAGGCGGAGAGGGCAGCCAAGAGACGUAACCUGAUGGAGAUGGUGGCUCAGCUGAGAGAGAGCCACGCUGCUGCUGAGACGCAAAGCCAGGCUAUAGACCUUACCAAGGGUAUGCAUCAUCACCACAAGGCCUCUCCUUCAUUAGCCGGCUUCCCAACUACCCUGGUGACAAACCCCUCCCUCAAAGCCCAAAUGGAGUUGCUGCAGCAAGCGAAGCACUCCGGACACAGAGCCAACGGGUCCCUGGAUGCUGACCUGCCCACCAUGAGGAGGAGGAGGGGCCGCAGGAAAAACGUGGAGGGCCUGGAGCUGCUGUUUAUGGGCAACAAGAGAGCAGGAGGGGAUGAUGCCGAUGGGUCGAAGGUUUCACGUGGGGAGGGGGUGCAGGAUACUGCCCGUGCCCACAGACCCCACGCUGUGCCAGAGCAGAGCCCCAGUGCCAGACCUCUUGCCUCUGGCAGUCUGGAGGAGGAAGAUGCAGCAGUUUCCAACAAGGAGCUGGGAGAGUGGCUGAGGCAGCACCCGACAUACACCAUGGACAUGGCUGGAUUCACACCAAAGAGUGAGGAACUGCUGCUGUCUCAGUUCUCUAAGCCCAAGCAGAAGCGCCAUCGCUGUCGAAACCCCAACAAAAUCGACAUUAACACCCUGACUGGGGAUGAGAGAGUGCCUGUGGUCAACAGACGAAAUGGACGCAAGAUGGGUGGAGCUAUGGCUCCACCAAUGAAGGACCUUCCCAGGUGGUUACUGGAGAACCCAGAGUUUUCUAUUGCCCCUGAUUGGACAGACAUUGUCAAACAGUCGGGUUUCCUGCCAGAAGCCAUGUUUGACCGCCUUCUGACCGGCCCUGUUGUCAGAGAGGAGGGUGUCCGUCGCCGGGGACGAAGGCCCAAAUCAGAGAUAGUCAAGGCAGCUGCAGCUGCUCAGGCAGCAGCAGCAGCUCAGGCUGCUCAGGCAUCACUGGCUUCAGCCGCUUCAUCUGCAGGAGGCAUCAACCCUCUGCUACUGAACAGUCUGUUUGGAGGGAUGGACCUAUCUUCUCUCCAGAGCCUCCAGUCUCUCCAGUUGGCCGCUGGUCUGAUGGCCUUCCCUCAUCCCACUGACCCCAAGCAGGCUGCUGCCAACGCUGCCGCUGCCUCCAUGCUGCCCCUCAUGCUGCCAGGCAUGGGAGGCCUGCCCAACAUGGCUGCCGCCCUCCCCAACAUGUUCAGCCUUGGUGGGCUCUUUGGUGGAAACCUGGCGACAGCUGCUGCUGCCUCCACAGCUGCCUCCGCCUCAGUAGGUAACACCAACGGAACGAUGGAGGGAGAGGGAGAGGGAGAGGGAGGAGACGGGGACGAGGCCGCGACAACGAAGAGGAAGAGAGAGGAAAAAGAAGAGGAAGAAGACGGUGAUGAGGCGAGAGAGGAUGAAGAGGCUGAGGGAAAUGAGGAAAGUGUGAAGAAAACAAAGAAGAAGAAGAAGAUGGAGAAAUCACCUAAUGAUGUCACUGCAGCCUCUCAGAUCCCAGCUGCUGAUUCAUCAGCUGAGACAUCCAUCAACGGCGACGCUGCCGCCCUGCUGGCGGCUGCUGGCAUGUCCACCAAUUCGCUGGCGUUCAACCCUUUCCUCCUCUCCACCAUGGCCCCCGGUCUCCUCUACCCCUCCAUGUUCCUACCUCCUGGGCUCGCGGGGCUGAGCCUGCCAGGCUUCCCCACCGCCUCCACCCUGGCCGAGCUGCAGAGCGCCAUGGCUGGAGCGCUGGGGGGGAACACCGUGACCCCAAACCCCCCGAGAGACGAGGAGGACAAGAAAGGGGGGCUGAAAUCUACAGGAGAGGAGGAGGAGGAGGAGGAGGACGAAGAGGAGGAGGACGAAGAGGGAGCAGACAGUGACUUGGCUGAGGAGAAGGAGGGGGGAGUAGAGGGGGAGACGAGGGGCGAGGCUGAGGAUUCUGCUCUCGAGGAGGACGGAGGGGUUGGAGAGGAGGAGGCAGGAGCAGCAUCUCCUCAAAAGGACACAAGUGUCUGAAAUAAAACACAAAACUGACUGGCCUUAGACAUUUCCUCACCUCUGACCUCUCCCUCUUGUCCCCCUCACCACGUUUACACGCCUCCACCAGAAAUAUCCAAACUAUUAUAAACCCUUUUUUUUCUUUGCGUUGUUGUUGAUGAUUUCUCUUUAACGCUUUGUUGUUUAUUUUUUUGGCCAGGUAUAUUUACUAUGCGUCAGAGAGGACGAGGUGUGCGUGUGUUAAGUUAAAUCUCUCUGAUCGAUAGUGUAGUCAGGGAAAAUUCUCACAGCUGCUCGCUCAGAGCUCAGCUCUUCUUCAAAGACUUUGUUUCUUUCUCUUCUAUCUGGUUGGCCUGUGUGCACUGUGAACGGUGCACAUACACUUUUGUCACCCACAAUCCCUCAAAUAGGACUUCAAGUUUCCAGUAGUGCUAUUAUUAUUAUUAUUGUUAUUAUUAUUAUUGCUGCUUUCAGCUCUCAGAUCUUCUAUUUUUAGUUUUUCCUUCUUCUGGACUGUUUUGUUGUUGGCAGCAUCUCAGUAAAACAAGAAGAAAUGCCCGUUGCUUGUUUUAAGACCAGUUCUCAAAAGAAAAAUAAGCCGCAUUACAGCUUACCUGGCUGUCUGUCUGACAAAGCUGCUGCAAAAGGAAUUGUUGGUAAUGGAGUUGGUUGAGCUGCUCUGUCUCGGGGCAGAUUGUUUUUAGUUCUCACAUAUCAGACCAGGUAGAUUCUGAGGAGGAAAAUGAAACCAGACUGGCCUAAAAUUCAGUCUCACACACUGACUACCACACACACAUCAAUACAUACUUGAUCAUGUUGUGCACACACACAACCACACACACACACACACAUUCAGGUGUUCACCACUACACACACUAACUGCUUCUGUCAUGUGACUGUUUCUGGGAGGACUCGUCCCUGCAGCUGUUUUCCGCUACAUGUAUGUGUGUGCUUGUGUGCACACUGAACCAAUACUGUUAAACCCAGUCCCACACUGAAGUCUCGAGUCUUUCCACUGCCACAUCUGAAUCCUGUCUCUGUUUUCGAGGCGGCUAGUUUUGGUGGGGGGGUGGCAGGCGGGCUGGGUCUGCCACCCAUCAGGCCUUCUGAUUGGUCCACCUCACACUGCCAAAACCAGACGUGCUUGUUCAGAGCUUUCUGUGAAUAGAUUUGGAGCGGCGAUCCACACAGGGAUGUGUGAUGUUUCAGGUUUAUUCUUUAAAGGGGGCACGUGAAAUGGUUGAAUUUUCCCGGUUGCUGCCACAGUAAAAUCUUUUUUUUUUUUUUUAAUAUUAUUUUCUUUUUCUCUUUCCUUCACAUCCCGGUAGUUCCAGACCAAGUGCUGCUCCCUGGUGACCUUCUCUUUAAAGACUGUUGCUCUAGUCACACACACUGACACCAGACCUGGCCAGAACAGGACUGAGACACAUUUUCUUUAUGAAGAACUCUGGUCACUGAGUAAGUUUUAAAUACUUGAAAAGCACAAGCUGUGCUUGAUUUGUUUCCAUUCCCCGAGGCCAGUUCAAGUGUUUGAGAUAAAUCAAGUGCUGCAAGUGGUUCAAAUAUUUGAAAGUACAUUCAAACACAUACAUACACGCACACACUGUGGCCAGGUCUUAUUAACAUUUGCUAUCACAGCCAGCCCAGCAGACAGAGAGAGAGAGAAAGAGAGAGAGAGAGAGAGAAGUGGGUUGUAGGGGUAGAGAUCAGUUUAGGCUCCCUGAAGACACCUUCCCCAUCAAAGGUCCUCUUUCUCCUCUCAUGCUGAGACAGCAAUAACCAAGGCAGCUUUUGAAUGUUCCAACAUCACUCUCCCAACACACACACACACACACACACACACACACACACACACACACUAUAUGAAUAACCACAAGUGUCGUAUGAUAUAAAACAAAACUAAAACUGUAAAUGAUGACAAAUAAGUACUGCAAUCAAUUUUGUCUCACUCUGUUCCUGUUGAUGCACUGGUGUUAAAGAGUUAAAAUAAUCAGGUACCUUUAUUACUUAGCUACUUUUCUUGAAAAAAAAUGGACUUUUUGUUACUUUUAGCCAGCAAGCUGAAGAGCAUUACCUCAAAAUUCUUAUCUAGCCUUGAAGUUUACAGACAUACCAUGUAAAUGUUUUUUUUUUCUCUUUUUUUGGUGUGUGUCUUUUUGUUGUUGUUUUUUUUUUUUUUUUUUGAAACAUCAUGUAUGAUGAAUUGUAGCUAUGAUGCUUUUAAUAAAAGUGAAUCAUAUUCGCCUAGGAAACCA